AUGGCUUCUCCUUCCCCUCCUUCCCCCGCCCGCGCCUCCGGCCGGCGCGUGCCGCCCCCGUGCUGGACGACCGACGAGACCCUCGCGCUCGCGCGGGCCUACACCGCGCGCCGCCUCGCCGUCGGCCGGGAGCACCUGACCUCCGCCGACUGGGCCGCCGUCGCUGCGGCCGCCCCGUCCAAGACCGCCAGGCAGUGCCGCCACAAGGUCGAGAAGCUCCGCCGACGCCUCCGAUCCAACCGCCGCCGCCCGUGCCCGCUCCUCGACGCCAUCGACCUCCUCGACGGCCCUUCCCCGCCCUUCUUCUCCAAGUCCCAGUCCCGAUCCACAUCCCUGUCCUCGUCGCCGCCGCCGCCGGCGGUUUCUCCGCCGUUUCCCCCGUCCCCUCCCGCAUCCCCGCCCAGGAAGAGGCGGCGGGACGAUGCCGGGGACGAGGACGGUGUGAGCGACGUGGUGGGGGCUCUGAGGGCCAUCGGGGAGGGUUUCCUGCGGGCGGAGGAGAGGAGGAUGGAGGCCGCCCGGGAGAUGCAGAGGAUGCGGAUGGAGAUGGCGCUUCGGCACCUUGAUGCACAGAGGAGGCUCAUGGACGCGCUUGUCGGCCGCAUCGUCGAUGCCUUGGACUGA